CGCCGCCGCCAUGAACAGCGUCGGGGAAGCGUGCACCGACAUGAAGCGCGAGUACGACCAGUGCUUCAAUCGCUGGUUUGCCGAGAAGUUCCUCAAGGGGGACGGCUCCGGGGACCCGUGCACCGACCUCUUCAAGCGCUACCAGCAGUGCGUCCAGAAAGCCAUCAAGGAGAAGGAGAUUCCCAUUGAAGGACUGGAGUUCAUGGGCAAUGGCAAAGAAAAGUCUGAAGGCUCUUCUUGAUCUUUACAGUCACCUUAAAAUUGUACUUCUCUGAGGAACUCUGGAUUUUGUCAAUUAAGACUGUGAAGAGAGCCACUGAUUUGAGGAGGAAUUUACAGGGGAGUUUUAUUUCCUCCUCCUCGAUCCUUUCCUCUCGUAAAAGAUGAUGGACCAUCACUGCUUUGGGACAAUUUUCACAGCUUUGGCAACUUGAGAAACUCAGUAAGCUAAAACGGAAUUAUUUUUUGGGAUUAUGGUUGCAAUAACUUGAUCUGGAAUCAGC